AUGGUUCGUGUCACGGAAGAGCUGGCUCUGCCCGCCGAGCACCUUACCCUCUACCACGCUGCCGACCCCCUCCUCGGACACCUGCCCGUCCUCCUCUUCCAUGGUCCCUCCACCACGGCAAACUACACCCUCAACAGCUCCCGCGUCCAGAUCCACGUCUACAGCCCCGCCGGCUUCCAGUCCUUCCCGCGCCUGACCAUCCAGCCCAACUCGCCCUUCUAUGCCGUCGUCAACCACCUGCCGCGCGAAUGGCAGGGCGAUGAGACCUACCGCGGCCUCGCUUUCGGCCUCUACAAGUACUUCCAGGAGCUGCCCGAGGUCGUCAAAAACCACCUGAAGAAUACCUAUCCGACCACGAGGGGGCGUCGCCCGGGAAGCGGCCCGGCCUUGUUCGGUGAGCAGCACGCCGCCGACCUCGCCAAGAACAUGGUUAGGAGCGAAAACACCGCCGAGGUCCUCGAGACCUUGCAGAUCGCCCUCCAGACUCAGCACCUGAGCAACGUGGACCUCGACUUUGUUAUGCCCCCCGGCUCCAUUAUGCCGCUACAACCCCAAGACUUGGAUGAGGUGCCCGAGGACGAGGACGAGUUCCUUGACCCGACCCUACGCCAAUAUGGGGGAUACACGUCGCUGGUGAAGCUGCUGGGGGAACCCGUCUUCCUGCCUACGUCGAGGUUGCGGAGGGCACCCUCGAAGCCGACAUCGUUGAAUCGCAGCAAGUCCUUUUCCAAGGAUCAGAAGGUGGAUUUGAGAAUGAAGCUUGGAGAACUGGUCGAUACCGAGGGGAGAUAUGUGUUGAAGCUGAACGAGCUGGUGAAGCACAUUGCCGACGACUUCAGACAAUCUGCGAGACACCGCGACCCCGCCAGCCUGAGUCCCUCGGAGGAGGAGCUCGAGAGGCUGUUUCCCAGAUCCGCCGAUAGGAUACUGCAAGUCAACUCGGCAUUUCUGCAAGAGCUGCGCGAUGUCAUGGACGAAACCGAGGAGGAGGCCGUCAAAGACAUGGAGGUGACGACUGUCGCGUUGACAGGAUCGAGAAUGGGGUCCCCCUCCAAGUCGAAGGAUCCCAGCGGCGCAUUGGCAAUCGCGAGGGUCUUCCUCGAAUGGUUUCCCAAAUUCACCGACUGCUACCAAGACUACAUCCGCGCGAGCCAGCAUUUCCCCACGCUUCUCAACUCGUUCCUGGACCAGCAAUCCAGCUUUCGUCAACGCGUCCUCCAGACCGGCGAGCAGACGGUCCGCUCCAUCCUCAUCGAGCCCGUGCAGCGUCUUCCGCGAUAUAGCCUACUCAUCGACCAAAUCGUUACCUGCCUUCCCAUGACACAUCCGGCGCUGCAGCCGAUGCUGAAAGCGCGCGACAUCAUCACAAACAUCUGCUCGAUGGACGAGCCCAUCCCCGAUAAGCCACAAGUGACGAAUCGCCUGCGCAACAUGGUUGAGAGUUGGCCUCUUGAUCUCGAGCCUCGAGGAAGACUCAUUCUAGCGGCCGACUUCGUCGAGCUUCCUGCGCCUUACCAAAUGUUGGAGCCACCAGAGCUGGCGGACCGUGCGGGCAUCUUUCUCCUAUUCUCGGACUGUCUGGUCAUUCUGAAGAAGCUGGGUCCAAGGCCGAUGACCGGCAAAGACCUUCUGCGUGAAAUCGAUAAGCCCUCGGCGGCCGGGCUUCUCCUGUCCAUGACUAAUGCCGCCGGUGGUCAGCCUACUUACGAGCUCGCAUUCACCGGCUGGCAUGGCCUUGCCGAUGUGCGCUUCACCGAGUCGACGGACGGCAGGCUUAUCUGGAUGACUUCGACACAAGAGAUGAAGGGAGCGCAUGCUGGAGAGUGGGUCACAGGCACUGCGGUCACGUCGCGGUGUUUUCUGCUUGAGGAGUCCUUUACGCGGGCGUCAAAGUGGACGGAAGAUAUCGUCAAGGCCCGCGUCGAGGGUCGCUUUUCGGAAAAGGAGCGCGAGGACCCCUCUUGGACUCUGCGCUCCAUCAGGAUGCCGGAAAACAACAACUUUGGCAUCUUUGCCGCCGUCUUUCAAGAAGGCGCUGACCAACUGAUUGAGGGUCGAAGGGAGCCUGCGCCGAUCCGCGUCGUCAUCGACCACGAGAAGGGCACCAAGGGCGCUCCGAUCGGCCAUUACGGAGUCGAGAUCACUGUCAAUGUCAAGUGCGGCGACCUGAAGAAGGUGACGAUGGUGACUGCCGGUUUGAACGGAAAGCAAUUCUCGGACGAUGUGACGUUGGAUGACUUUUUGCCAACGCUCACCCGACGAAUUAUUCAGCUACUCAGCAUGCAGUUCAGCGUGUCAAACAUGCGACUGGCGCCUGCGCUGGUCUCCUACUAUACCAAAGUCCUCAAGGGCCUCCCUCUCAUGACGAGAGCAGAGAAGACGAGAUCUUUUCUCGCCUCAUCGCCCGUCAAGGGGCUCUUCUCCAGCAUCUGGGGCGGCUCCACCAACACCGAAGCACACAGUCCGCCCAAGCACAGCCGAACGCCAGUGACCAACGUCUUCCCGCCGCCGGUCUCACGACCUACCAGCGAGGCGGGCUCUGUGUUCGGUUCAGCCAAAGGCAGAGACGCCAUCAAGAUGGGGGGGGAUGACCGUCCAGAAAACCCGCUCGUGCGGUUAGAGCAGACAUUUACUGGAUACGUUGCCAGCCUGCAGGCACGCAAAGGAAGCAUCGUUGGCAGAAUGCUCUUGAACCGGUCCGUGGCCGAUGAGCUUCUGGUCAACGAACUUUACAACCGGCUGAUCGAGAGUCCCUUUGAUCUCGACGCUUCCUCCGAGCUGGGCGCAGAUGUGAUCUUCGUUGCGUUCGAGAAGUUCAUCCGCAUCGCAUGGGGCGAGCAGAUGGGCCCCAUCAUGACCAAGCAAACCCUGGACACCUUACUCGAGCGAAUGAACCGGCAGGUUCCCGGCAACUUUGCCGAUUUUGUCAAUUUCAUCUUUAAAGAGAUGGCGCCGCAGAACCAGAGGGCGUUCACGGCUCUGAUCAAACUGCUCGCCGAUCUUCUCGAUGGCUGCGGCAACGAUGGUGAUAGAGGCAUCCUGACAGUGUCGUUCGCCGAGCUCCUUGUCUCGGACGGCACGGCGCAGAAUUACAUCAACCUACUGGACCGCCUCGUAGAAGAAUGCGAUAGGAUCUUUGACGACGCUGGCUUUGGCGUCAACCUCACCGUUCAACAAGCGUUUGAGUCGAUGAAUUCUCGUAGCGGGAAGUCGCACAAUGGUUCGCUCACAUCAAACACAUCUUCCAUCCGGCGCAAGUUCGGCUUCGACUCUCUGCUCCGGCAGAACAGCAAGAACGACUCCUCGGAGCGUCCAUCCGUCUGGCGCACGCUCAGCAAACACGGUCGUCACCCAGCCUCCGCCGAUGCGGCCUCGAGUUCUAGUCUAUCGAAGAUGACAUCAUCGCGGGCAAGGUCCAUCGAUUCGGGCGCGCAACCCGGACCUAACAAGCUGAGGCGGCCUGGUUCCCGAGACAGGCCGCCCAUCGCCGGCGCAUUCGACGAGGACCCGAGGCCGCCCAGCUCGCAGCGACUCGAUAUGCGCCUGGAGACCAUCGGGGAGCCCGACGUCGAGGCGACGCCCGUCAAGUCUUCCAAGAAGAAGCGCCGAAGCUCGCUGUCGGACCUGAGAGGCCUUCUAGAGGCAGCUACCAUCACGGACCCGCGAGAGCAAAUCGAGGAAGCCUUGAUGCCGUUGCGGAUAAACAAACAGACGUCAGAGAAGUUCAACUCGACGCCACGGGUACCGUCGCCCUCUAGGAUACCGAUAAGUCCGACGUCCCAGAGCCUGCGGUCGCCUCGCAUGGUCUCGCCUCGCCAAAAGGAGAACCCAAGCCUGCCAGAGAUGUUCUCACCACCUCCGCCCCCGCCCCCCGACCGCGAAAACACGCCCAGUCGCACGCCCAAGGGACAUGCUAGAGGUCUGUCUACGUCCAACAUUCCAACUCUGAGACCCAGUCGGCCAGUGGGAUCCCAAUCCUCUGACUCAGUUCCGCGGCCUUCUACGAGUCCCGGCAAGCCCCCAGGCAGCGGCAAGCUCCGUCUGCAGUCGCCUCAAAAACUCCGUGAGCGGCUGCAGACGGAGAAGAAAGCGAUAGAGGACGUCGACGCGUCGCUGCAAUCAGAACUCUCCAAGAUCGCGGAGGAAAUGUCGCGGGUCAACUCAGGACUCGGCACGCGCACCAAUACGUUAGACCUCCGCAAGCUCACGGCGUCGGUCAAGACGCUCGAGGAGCGGAUCCCGAGUAUGAUGGCGGAGCUGACAGAUCGCCAAUCCAUGAUCCAGCGGGACAUGGAGAGCACGCUCAAGGCGUCAGAGACCAAGGUCAAGAGCAUCGACCAACUGUACAGGGAGUCGACAGCGGAGAACGAGCUCAUGUACGAAAAGUUCAACAGCGAGCUCGGCAAGAUCGUCAAGGCGCUCAAGGGCAAAGGCAGAGAGGACAAGGAGGAGCUCAUCCGAAGCCUGCGCGAACACAGCGAAGAGACGGCGCGGGUCAAGAAGGAGAACGCGCGUUUGAAAAGAGAGCUCGUCAGUCUCCGAACGUUAAUGAAGGGGGCUGACGCGUGGGCAUGA